AUGCUUCCUACCAUUGCCCUAACAUCCCUGGCCCUUCUACCCACUGUGCAAGGAACCCCUUCAUCCUCGCAUGGCGUUUACAAACGCUGCGGUGCUGUUGGCCAAUACUACGACCAGCAUCAGGCGGACUGGGACACACACAACACGCAGGGCUGGCUGGACAGCUGGUGGACCAAGAAUACCGCGCUGAUGCACAACAACUCUUUAGGAUUUGCCGGCGCCUUCGGGCAGUGGGCCAUGGGCGACCCGGACUGGUCAUGUCUGGAAGAUGGCUCUAGUUCAGGCUGUGAACUGAACACGUGUGAUAACCCUGUGCUUAACAACCGUGGAAAAGACGUCCGCCCGGCAUACUAUGUGCUUGAGUCUGUUAGUCGUCUGAACAAGUACUUUGGUGGUGUCAGUUCUGCCUUUAGUACCGCCGGUCUGGAUGCGGCCCUCUCCAAGGACUCGUGGGCGACUACCUUCUAUGAGGCAAAGGACCAACAGAGUGUGGUCCUCCUUAAGGAGGUGCUUAACGGCCUCGGUAUGCUUAUUGGAAUUGGUGCUUCCCUUGCAGGAGUCGGCCUGCCUUGCGGUGCUGUCACCGCGGCUGGACUUCAAAUAGAUCCCCACGCGGACGACCCAUUUCAGAGAUCUGCCGACCUAGGUGGCAUACUGGGCAAGAUUGUUAUUGACUCCAUCGAGUCAUUCACCACCGCCAACAACCAGCUCAUGGGCGGCCACGAAUACAACAAUGAGGACAUCCGCAGCUACCUAUCACAUGGUGCCUUCAUCGAGUUCCCAGGAGUCGACACGAACGCUGUGACCGAUUCCAUGACCGCCAUGCUCGUCGGGACCUCCAUUAACCAACUGUACCGUGCCCAAAAAGUCUUCAUUAUGGGGGGUGCUGCAUGCGGCGACAAUCAGGGUAUUGGGUCCGGUCCUCAAGACACUUCAAGUUACAUCUGCCGUGAUGGGAAGGCCUGGUAUCUGUACUACUGGCAGGAGAACAACGUCAUCUCAACAACCUCGCACCAGUGGGGAUGGGUCGCCUCGCCUCCUGGAUUGUCCCAGCUGCAACAGAAUGAGUUCAGCAAUAUCCAUCUUAACGUUUCGCAUAUUAUAAACUCCUCCCUCGAUGCAUUCAACGUCGCCGGUUACAACUACACUACUGCCACCGCCCAAGCACGCACCGAGGACGCCAUUACCAAAGGCUGGGCCGUCCCAGGCGCUUAUGGCGCCGCUUGGGAGGGUAUCUUCACUAUCCCUGUUUGCGAUGUCAGCGCUGCCAUCGGCUCAAACAUCAACCUCAAGCAGUUUAUCCUGCAGCCAUACGGCCAUGACAGCCGUCCCGUCUGGUGUGGACCUAUCUGCAGUGGUGAUGCGGAGAAGACUAAGGCCUUUAUCGAUGCUGCUAACAUGGGGGGGCUUCGAGAGUCCUAA